UAGAAUCUGAAAUUCAAACUUUCAAAAACCCUCCAAUGGCUUAUUUCCACCCCGCCAAACUCAACAAACCCUUUCUUAACGGCUCUUUCUUCUCCAUUUAACUUCUCUUUCUUCCUGCAAAGAGCUUUGUAAUAAACACAUUGUUUGAAUUUCUUUGGAGUUUCGUCGAAAGAUUUUUUUUUUAAACAUGGCUUUAGCUUCAGAUCCUUCGAAAGAAUCCAGAUCUACUUAUUGUCGGAAACAGAAAUCACUUGGUCUCUUAUGUUCAAAUUUUUUGAGCUUGUAUGAUCGACAAGGUGUGGAAACUAUUGGGCUUGAUGAUGCUGCUCGGAGAUUGGGGGUUGAAAGACGGCGGAUCUAUGAUAUUGUGAAUGUACUGGAAAGCAUUGGUGUUCUUGCUAGGAAGGCUAAGAAUAGGUAUUCAUGGAAAGGGUUAGAAGCAAUUCCGAGGACUUUGGAACAGUUGAAGGAAGAGGGUCUUAAAGAGAAUGUCAGUGGAUUUGAUGGAUCUAGCUCUGCCAAGGGUUCAGAUGAUGAUGAGGAGGAUGAUAGAGAUUCCAAGCUAAUCACUUCGAGUCAGACUGAUAAACUAAGCUCCAACUCUGGUGUCAACUCUGCAGCGCCAGUUAAAUCUGAAAAUAGGAGAGAAAAAUCAUUGGGACUGCUUACACAGAAUUUUGUGAAGCUCUUCCUCUGCACCAAUGUUGACAUGAUUUGCCUUGAUGAGGCAGCAAAAAUACUGUUAGGAGAUGGGAGGCCUCCUGCCAUGACAAGAACAAAAGUUAGGAGGCUGUAUGAUAUCGCAAAUGUUUUGUCUUCGAUGCAAUAUAUUGAGAAGACCCAUCAUCCAGAGACGAGGAAACCUGCAUUUAGAUGGUUGGGGCUUGGAGGAAGAUCAGAAUAUAAAUCAGUUGAUGCCUUUUGUACUAUUGAGUCCAAGAAGAGGGUAUUUGGGACUGAGCUUACAAACACAACUAUCAAGAGGAACAGAGUUGCUGUACCUAUGGAUGGUAUUUCAGAUGAAGCAACUCGAAAACAAUUGCUAACUGAAGUGAAAUGUGAGAACCUAGAAAAUGAUUUUCACAUUCCUAAACAGGAGCCUGGUUUAACAGCGAGCAAAAAGAGUUACCACUUUGGUCCAUUUGCUCCUCCAACCGUACCUCAAGCUGAAGUUUCUGAGGCUGACAGAAUGAAACGGGUUCAUGACUGGGAAAGUCUAGCCUCCAGUUACCGUCCUCAAUAUCACAACCAAGGAAUGCCACAUUGAGAGUCUGAAGUUACUCUUUUAACUUUGACAGCAAGUAAGCUCCUUUUAAUGUGACCUAUCAUCAACCAGGGUAUGGUUUAUUAUGUUUAAAUUUCUUUUUCUAGUGCACUGAAACAGGUAAUUCAAUCAUGUUAUAUAUCUGGUCUAUUCUCAAAUCGCUCUGCUGACUGGUUAUUUGCUCCAUAUGAUGAUAUUGACGCGUUUAGUAUGUUUUUAACCAAAUCAUCUUUUACAUAAGAUGUGAAACAAACUUUUGUAGGUUGCACUUACUGUUUAUUUGACUCAGCUUCUUAUCUAUGCUGACAUAUUAUCAAAGCAGUAUAGACAAAUUAUUCGAUGUACUUGAGCUUACAAGCAAGUCUUGUCCGUUUGUUAUG